UCUUCUAGGUAUGGAGUGUUCUGGAGAAGUGUUAGAUAUUGGUUCAAAUGUAACAAACGUAAAUCGUGGUGAUCGAGUAUUAGCUUUAUGUCGUUUUAAUGCAUGGACGGAACAAGUGAUGUGUAAAAAAGAUCUCGUUUUUAAAAUACCAAACGAAAUGACAUUUCGAGAAGCAGCUGGUUUUGGAGUAUCUUAUAUUACGGCAUAUAUUUUAUUAUUUGAACUUGGACAAUUGAGAUCAGGACAAACUCUUUUUUUUCAUUCGGCGGGUGGUGGUGUAGGAGUUGCAUUAACUCAAUUAUCAAAAUUAGUCAACAAUUUAACUGUCAUAGCCACAGCAUCACCACAUAAAUUUGAUGUACUAAAAAAUCAUAUUCAUUAUUUAUUUGAACACGAUAUUGAUUAUACAGAAGAUAUUAAAAAAAUUUGCCCGGAAGGUAUUGAUUUAAUAUUAGAUUGUAUGGCAGGAGAUGAUUGUGAACGUGGUCUAAAUUUGUUAAAAUUAAAUGGCAAAUAUAUUAUGUAUGGUACCUCGAGUGCUUUGACCUGGGAUACUAAAAAUUUCUUUGGCAUUACAAAAGGUCUUUCACAAUGGUGGCAGAAUGAUAAAGUCAGUAUAAAACGAUUAUUUGAAGAUAGCAAAAGUGUUCAUGGUUUUAAUUUAUUUCAAUUACUUCAUCGAAAUGGUGGUUCGGCUGAUACUCGACGAUAUAUCGGUGACAUUUUACAAAAAGUCUUUAGUUUAUUCAAAGCAGGAAAGAUAAAACCUGUUGUCGAUUCUGUUUACACAUUUGAGCAAGUAAAUGAUGCCAUCAGUCAAUUAACCGAAAGAAAAAAUAUCGGUAAAGUUAUAAUAGAACCAUUUUCCAAUAGCAAACCAGAAAAAGUGAAAAAACUAAAACCACCAAGUCAAAAAAAAUCAAAUCAUACGUCAGAAGAACAAUCGAGUCCUGAAACAAGUGGCCCAGAUGAGGAUAAUGAUGAUAAAACACAACAUAGCGAAGGAGAACAUGCAUAA